UCAGAGGGGAAAACGCUGCAAUAAACUGUGCUACAAUGAGAAGUGCUUUAUUUCAAAGCCUUCUCUUAAUUACAGCUGGAAUGUCCUCAACUUGCAGCCCCAUCUCUACUCCUAUGGCUGAUAGCACUACACAACUUGCAGUGGAUCUCUACCAAGUUCUUCAUUGCUCUUCUAAAGAGGAGAACAUCAUACACUCGCCGCUUGGUGUUGCUUUACUUCUUGGAACGGUGCAGUUGGGGGCAAAGGGGAAAGCACUUAAUGAGAUAACACAAGCUUUGAAACUGCAAGGAAAUAAAGAUGGUGAAGAAUUCUCUCUGCUCCAGACACUAUUCUCUGUCACCUCAGAAAAGAAAGAAUUUACAUUUAAUCUUGCAAAUGCCCUCUACCUUCAAGAAGGAUUCAUUGUAAAAGAACAGUAUCUCCAUAGCAACAAGGAAUUUUUUCAGACUGCUAUAAAACUGGUGAAUUUCCAAGACACAAAAGCUUGCACAGAGGCCAUAAGUACCUGGGUAGAAAACAAAACAGAUGGCAAAAUAAAAAAUAUCAUUUCAAGUGAAGAAUUUGGUCCUCUCACUAGGCUUAUUCUGGUGAAUGCUAUUUACUUCAAAGGAGACUGGAAGCAGAAGUUCAGACCAGAAGCUACCCAUGAGAUGGAUUUUACUAAGAGAGAUGGUUCUGUAACUAAGAUACCAAUGAUGCAUCUUGAGCUGAGAACAAAGUUUGGUCAUUUUUCUGACAAUAAUGUGAGCUACCAGGUUUUGGAAUUACCUUACAAAGGGAAGGAGUUCAGCUUAGUUUUAACACUUCCUUCAGAAGGUGUAACUAUAGAAGAAGUAGAAAAACUAAUUACAGCUCAGCUGAUAAAAGACUGGUUUGCUGAAACACAAGAGGAAGACGUAGAAAUAAGCCUCCCUAGGUUUAAAAUAGAACAGACAGUGAACUUACAAGAAACGCUGCGCUCCCUCAAUGUAACAGAGAUAUUUAGUGGCGGCUGUGACCUUUCUGGAAUAACAGAAUCAUCUGACAUACACAUUUCUAAAGCCAUCCAAAAAGUUUGUAUUGAGGUCAAUGAAGAUGGCAGUGAAGCUGCAGCAUCCUCAAGUACACAUAUGGCAGCAAUCAUGAGUAUGUCACAUAACCAGUUUGUGGCUAACCGCCCAUUCCUAUUUAUCCUGAAACAUAACCCAACAGGUUCAAUUGUGUUUAUGGGAAGGCUGGCAAACCCUGACAUUCAAAACACAAGGAGAAGAGAUAUGGAGUCACUAUAAUCAUAACAAAGACAGAAAAAAUGUAAUGUUCUAAAAUUAAAGUCUGAUCAUUAUUAC